AUGACGCUAAUGGAAAGAAGGCCAUUCAUUCCCCUGCUCUUGGCUUUUAUUUUAGUACAGCCAUGCAUGCUUCCAUUGAUCCAAGCUUCCAUCACCAACUUCACCGAUGAAUCAGCUCUCCUUGCCUUCAAAUCUAAACUCAGUCCCGGUCCAAACGAAACCGUCUUGGCCGGCGACUGGUCCCCAAGAAACAACUUCUGCCACUGGAUUGGUGUCUCAUGUAGCCGAGGCAGGCAGAGAGUGGCAUCUUUGAACCUCUCCUACAUGGGUCUUGAAGGCACCAUUUCUCCUCAUAUUGGUAACCUCUCCUUUCUGGUCUCCCUUGACCUCUCUCACAACAAUUUCUUUGACUUUGUGCCCCACGAGAUCAAUCGUCUCCAUCGCUUGAGAAUACUCCGGCUGUCGUCCAACUCGUUGGAAGGUAGCAUCCCCCCAACUCUUGACAGUUGCUUGAAGCUUCGAGAAAUAGAUCUUGGCAGGAACCGUCUUGUGGGUUCAAUCCCAUCUUCUCUCGGCAAUUUGUCCUCGUUACAGAUCUUGAAUUUGGGAAACAACAGCCUUACUGGUUCACUUCCUUUUGUCAUCUUUAAUGCAUCUUCUUUAACCAGAGUUCUUCUUUCUAGAAACUACUUCUCAGGAACUCUUCCAAUGGAUCCUUGCAGCCGCUGUCCUAAUCUUCAAAGACUUUAUCUUUCGAACAAUGAGUUUAGUGGUCGACUUCCUUCACAGAUGAAUUACUGUAGAGAACUCGCAUACUUGAGGCUUCAGCAGAACAAGCUUGAUGGGAGUAUUCCGCAAAGUUUUGGGAGUUUGGAAAAGCUUAAAAGCCUAUAUCUUGGAGGUAACAACUUAACUGGUACUAUACCUGCUAUUUUAAGUAAUUUGACGAGCUUAUUUGAGUUUGCAAUUGAGAGUAACAACAUUAAAGGAAGCAUUCCAAGUGAUUUAUGGCGUCUUCCGAAUAUUAUGAUCUUGGAGCUUGGAGGGAAUAAUCUCACGGGGCCAAUACCCCGAGAAAUUUUCAAUAGUUCCUCUUUAAUAGUAAUCUCCUUGGCUUAUAAUUCCUUCUUUGGAAAUCUUCCAUUAGAUGAUGAGGUUUUAUGCCCUCAUCUUGAUACUCUGAUCAUUUCUGCCAACAAAAUUAGUGGUCGAAUCCCAUCACAUCUUUCAAAUUGUUCCCAGUUCAUUGACCUAGGUCUUAGUGGAAACUUGCUCUCUGGACCAAUACCCAAAAGUCUUGGAGACUUGAAAUAUCUCCGAAAACUUUUUCUAAAUGGUAAUCAGCUGAGAGAGGAGCCUGGAGAUGAAAAGUAUAGUUUCCUUUCAUCUUUAUCUAAUUGCAGAUUUUUGGAAGAGUUGCGGAUUUCUUACAAUCCCUUGGAUAUUACUAUUCCGGAUUCCAUUGGAAACUUUUCAGUUUCUCUUAACACCAUUGAUGCUUUUCAAAGCCAAAUAAAGGGUCAUAUUCCUGUGGGAAUUGGUUCCUUAGAAGGCUUGAUCACGCUUGAUUUGGGCAACAACAGUUUGAUUGGAAACAUACCGGCCACAUUUGGGAGAUUGGAGAACUUGCAAAGAUUGUCUCUUGAUAAUAACAACAUUGAAGGAUUCAUUCCAGAAGAAUUAUGUCAAUUGCAUAAAUUGGGGGAAUUGUCUCUCUCAAAUAACAAAAUCUUUGGAUCCAUCCCAAAUUGCAUUGGAAAUCUUAGUCAUUUGACAAAGCUAAACCUUAGUUCUAACAGAUUGGAAUCAUCAAUACCAUUAAAUUUAUGGAGCCUUGAAAGUAUAUCAUCCUUGGAUCUAUCAAUGAAUUCCCUUGUUGGAUAUUUGUCUCCAAACAUGAAAAAGGCAGAUACUAUUGAACAUGUGGAUUUGUCUCGAAACCAAAUUGGUGGAAAUAUUCCAAGAAUCAUUGGAGCUUUUGAAAGCCUAAGGUAUCUUGAUUUGUCAAUGAACUCAUUUGAAGGAAACAUUCCAGAGUCUUUUGGAAAUUUGAGAGGAUUGGAUGUGUUAAACCUCUCAUACAAUAAUCUCUUUGGUGUAAUUCCUAAGUCUCUUGAGACGCUUUCAUAUCUCAAAUAUUUAAAUGUUUCUUUUAAUGAGUUAUCUGGAGAGAUUCCAUUAGGUGGGCCUUUUGCAAACUUCACAGCUGAGUCAUUUUUAGGAAAUAGAGCACUUUGUGGGAAUCCAACUUUCAAAGUUCCGCCUUGUCCAACUCCAGGCUCCAAAGGAUCAAGGGCGAAACAAAUUUUGCUCAAAUAUUUUCUUCCUAUCAUUGCUUCAAUUGUAUUCUUUGGUGCACUAAUUUAUAUGUUGAGAAGACACCGAGACAGUAAUAUGCAGGUUCCAAGUUUACUUCAUACAGUGCCUAUGUUGGAGCAUAGAAUGAUAUCAUAUCAAGAGCUUUGCCGAGGAACAAACAAUUUUUGUGAAAGUAACUUGCUUGGAUCGGGAGGUUUUGGUUCUGUAUAUAAAGGAAUAUUAUCCGACGGAAUAAUUGUUGCUGCCAAAGUUUUAAAUUUGCAAUUGGUUGAUGCUUUUAAAAGCUUUGAUACAGAAUGCGAGGUAUUGCGGGAAAUUCGACAUAGGAAUCUUGUUAAAGUCAUAAGCACUUGCUCCAACCCUGAAUUUAGAGCUUUGGUACUUCAAUACAUGUCUAAUGGCAGUCUUGAAAAGUGGUUAUACUCUUUUAACUAUUGCUUAAAUCUUCUUCAAAGAGUAAACAUUAUGAUUGAUGUUGCAUCAGCGUUGGAUUAUCUCCAUCACGGUAAUUCAGAAUCUGUGGUGCACUGUGAUUUGAAGCCUAGCAAUAUCCUUCUAGACGAGGACAUGGUUGCACAUGUUGGUGACUUCGGCAUUGCAAAGAUUUUAGUUAAAAACAAGGAUGUGACACAAACCAAAACUCUUGGCACACUUGGCUAUAUUGCACCAGAGUAUGGUUCAGACGGAAAAGUGUCCAUCAAAGGUGACAUUUAUAGUUAUGGUAUAAUAUUGUUGGAGAUAAUCACAAGGAAGAAACCCACCAACGACAUGUUUGCUGGAGGAUUGACUUUGAGGCAAUGGAUAAAUGCAUCACUCCCUGACAACAUGAUGGAAGUUGUUGAUAAUGGUUUACUAAGAAUAGAAUCUGGAAGAGACGUAAUUGCCACGCGAAGUAUUCUUUUGUCCAUCAUGGAACUAGGCUUAAGGUGCUCUGAAGAGUUGCCAGAUGAAAGAAUCGAUAUCAAAGAAGUGCUUACUAAGCUUAGCAAAAUCAAAUUGAGAUUGUUUGAAAAUAGAAACAGGGGUAUCUGAUAUCUUUAAACAUGGUUUUGUAUCGUUUUGUUUUUUGCAGUUUCAUAAAUUGCUUACAAUUGGUAUUUCAUAUAUCCAUGUAACUUGUCAUGCUUUAAAAAAUUGUUUGGGAUUUUCUAUCA